AUGGAGCCUGAGGGUGCUGCGACUGAGAGUGCUACACCUGGAGGCGCUCUUUCCUCACAGCAGCUACGUGAGUGGUACUUACAGUACUGCAGCCUCAGGAGAGGUGCUGCUGGAGCUCGUGCUCGUGCUUCCCCUCCUAGGCGGGAGCUGCCCUCUCCCCAGCGGCUCCGAGAGUGGUACGCUCGUCGCUGCAGUCUCCGGAGUGGCGCUACUAGUGUCACGGACCCUGCAGCUGGAGGUGCUGCUGGUGCUGGAGCUGCUGGAGGUGCUGCUGCUACUCGAGGUGCUGCUGCUGCUGGAGGUGCUGCGGGUACUGGUGCUGCUGGUGCUGGUCCUACUGGAGCUGCUGGAGCUACUGGAGGCACUGCUGCUACUGGUGGUGCUGCUGGAGGUGCUGCUGGAGUUGCUGGAGGUGCUGCUGCUGCUGGCGGUGCUGCUGGCGCUGCUGGAGGUGCUGCUGGUACUGGUGCUGCUGGUGCUGGUGCUGCUGGAGCUGCUGGAGGUGCUGCUGGAGCUGCUGGAGGUGCUGCUGGUACUGGUGCUGCUGGUGCUAGUACUACUGGAGCUGCUGGAGGUGCUGCUGGUGCUGGAGCUGCUGGAGGCACUACUGCUGCUGGCGGUGCUGCUGGAGCUGCUGGAGCUGCUGGUCCUGGAGGUGCUCGUACUGGAGGUACUGGAGCUGCUGGGACUGGAGCUGCUGAGGGGGUUGGAGCUGGAGUUGCUGAGCGGCCGCGGCCGUACUACGUUCCGCUCCUUCAGCAGGUUCUUGGUCUCCCGCCCUCUACUAGUCCUACUCCUCCCCUACUGAGUCCACCGCCUGUCCAGUCACAGUCACAGUUACAACCUGCCUCUCCGCUGCGUGGUCCUUCUCCUUACACUGCGCCGACGGGUAGUCUUACUGAGCGUCGUGAGCCUGAGUCUCGUCCUCCGUCGCCUGUGUCUCGUCCUCCGUCGCCUGAGUCGCGUCCAGAGUCGCCUGUCCGCGCUGUCCGCGCUGGUCGUCGUGCUCCGCGUGAGCGUCCUCCUCCUGUCCUUGGCACUCACUAUAUGACCCUGCGUCCUUCCACUGCUCCACAGCGCAUCCCUCUGCUGUCUCCUCCUGCGUCCUCUCUUCCUGACGUUGCUGACCCGCCGUCAGACCUUACUCGUGCUGCCAGUCCUACUGUCGCGCGUCUCCUUGCCACUGUUGUCACUGACCCUACCUUUGAGUCCUCUGCUGCGUCUGCUCUAGUCGCUGAGCUUGUUGACUUUGCUGCCGCCUGUCGUCUAGACUACGCCGCUAGCCUUGUUGCUGAGUCUGAGUCUGUCUGUCCUCCGUCCGUCGGGGGUGAGUGUGCUCUUGGCACGGACGUCCUUGAGGACAGACAGGAGGAGUUUGAGUGCUUUGCUGCUGCUUUACCUCAUCUCGUGUCCAUGCUGAUUGCCCCUGAGGGAGACCCGGAUGCACCAGACAUCCCGACCCCACGCUCCUACGCAGAGGCGAUGGAGGGUCUCUACUCCUCUCAGUGGCAGACAGCCAUGGACGCGGAGAUGGCUUCCUGGAAGUCCACAGGCACCUACGUCGACGAGGUUCCCCCACCUGGGGCGAACAUCGUCAGUGGUAUGUGGAUUUUCAGGGUGAAGCGGCCGCCGGGUUCUCCGCCUGUCUUCAAGGCACGUUACGUUGCACGAGGCUUCAGUCAGCGAGAGGGAGUUGACUUCUUCCAGACCUUCUCCCCGACCCCGAAGAUGACCACUCUUCGGGUUCUGCUGCACGUCGCUGCUCAGCGUGACUACGAGCUCCACUGCCUUGACUUCAGCACUGCGUUCCUACAGGGCACCCUGCACGAGGAGAUCUGGCUGCGCCGCCCACCUGGCUUCACUGGGUCGUUCCCUCCUGGUACCCAGUGGAGCCUCCGGCGGCUAGUCUACGGUCUCCGCCAGGCACCCCGUGAGUGGCACGACACACUGAGGACUACUCUUGCUGCUCUUGGGUUUGCUCCUUCUACUGCUGACCCGUCGCUGUUUCUACGCACCGACACCACUCUGCCGCCGUUCUACGUUCUCGUGUACGUAGACGACUUGGUCUUUGCUACUGCUGACACUGAGGCACUCGCCCACGUGAAGUCGGAGCUGCAGAAGAGACACACGUGCACAGACCUGGCCAUGGCUGCCCAGGAGCUUCGCUGGCUCACCUACCUGCUGACCGACCUGGGAGAGCGGCCUCGUUCUCCUCCAGUGCUGUACGUCGACAACAAGGCCGCCCUUUCCUUGUGUCAGGAGCACAGACUGGAGCACAGAACGAAGCACAUCGCUCUGCGCUACUUCCUUGCUCGAGAGCUGCAGCAGCGUGGUCAGCUUCGUCUUUCGUACGUGGCCACUCGGGCCAACACUGCUGAUGUGUUCACCAAGGCGCUUCAGCCUUGUGAUCAUCAGCGUUUCUGUACUGUUCUAGGCCUUGUGCCCACUGUCCCUCACUUGCUCACUUCUUGA